AUGUCAUUCCGCGUUUCCUUUCAAGUCUUGUGUUCAAUUAUUUGCCCUUUAAUUCCAGCGGUCACGGCCCAUUUCCAUGCAUAUGUCGAAACACCAAACUGGCUGGCCACAAAUGGCAGCACAUUCCAUGCCCCCGAGAACCAAACUCCCAUGCCAGCUCUAGUCAUCGAUACUUUCCAAAACCCAACACACAACGACUUGGGCUUCUGGCAUGGCCCAGGCGAAGAUCUACCCGUGCAGCACGAGCCGGGAUUCAUUCGACUCUUCCCCACAGACCCCGAUCAGAACUUCCAUACUCAGUUCAACAUCCACGGAUGCUUCAGUUUGAUACCAUGGCAGAAGCAGCUCCUCCAUGUUGUCUUUGAAGGCAACGAAGAAUUCACAGUAUCGCUGAAUGAGCACAACACCGAGUGUUACCCGCAACGAAGUCCCUUCCCAGGUACACCAGACAGCGUGCAGGCCUCGCGAUACGUGAUGAGAACGCAAAUUUUGUCUGGAGACGAUGAGAAGUCUAGUAAUGAUACUGGAACUGACACGAAUACUCAUGCACCAAAUACAAUUACUCGACGAAAUGCGAGGCGACAGGCACAGCGAGUGCCGAGCAAUGAUACGCGUGAGGACGAUGGCGACAAUGAGCAAAAUUCUGCUUCACCUGAGAAGACCGAACUCUUUAUUCCCCUCUCGCAUUUUCAUAUCAAUCAUAACCGUGUUGUGUCUGUUUCUUUCUCGGGCUUUUAUACGAAUGUAUCCCUUACUCUGCGCCGGGUUGAGAUUGUGUCUGCUAUUCCACCGCCAUCUCCGAAUAACAACAAGUUCAUUAUACCGGAGAAAGCUCCGAGUGGCAAAUUGAUUCUGCGGUGCUCUCGACCUAAUUCCUUUGCAUUUGGUAUCGACGAUGGCCAGCCUCAGUAUGCGCAGGAGGUAAUGAGGAUACUCGACGAGGAAGGUGUGAAGGUGACUUUUUUUGCUGUCGGUGCUGGACUUCGCGAUCCAACAACCAACUUUACCAACUUCUAUCGAGAGAUGAUGAAGAAAGGACACCAAGUCGCGCUGCAUUCGAAUACUCAUCCUAAAAUGGAGGCUCUUCCAACUUUGCAAGAUAUUGAUGAGGAAGUCGUUCGGACGAUCCAAACAUUCCAUGAUGAAUUGAAUCUGACAUCUCGGUAUUUCCGUCCUCCCUUCGGAACCGUCGGUGCACGAAUGCGAGAAGCACUUGCCUCCCGCAUUAAAGAUCCAUACAUUGUCAAUUGGAGUGUUGACGUCGAAGAUUGGCUCUGGGGAAAUACAUCCACGCCUGAACAUCAAUUAGAUGCAUUCUACCGCAGUGUUGCUCGUGGUGGAAACUUGGCUGUCAUGCACUUCUUAAAUCCAAGCACUGUUGGAUAUCUACCACAAUUCAUUCGACAUAUCAAGUCGGCAGGGUUCAAAAUUAUGCGCAUCGAUCAAUGCCUGGAGGAUCCCAACAGUCCACCCUUGUGA